AUGCAUGUGAACUUGGGGCACCUCCGCAGCAGAAGGGGGACCCCGAAAUGGGGCCAGCGGCUUAGCCCCCGCCCCAGAGUGGAGGCUCUGCCUACAGCGCACAGUCUGUCUAAGGGCUUCCCAUCGACGAAGAGCCUUCCUGUGAAGAGAGUAACUCCCAUGUUUGUUCUCCACAGGGGGAAAGGGAAAAAAACGGGUUUUCUCCCAAAGUGCAAUGAAACAGCCAAAACAUGUAGCGGAAGAAGUGUUUUUGACAUUGCGUCCACGGGGGUGAAUCCCACAGGAAGGAACCAACGUAAUGACAAUUCGAACGGGGGAAGACCGAUGAUGAUGUAUCGUUACUACUCUGUAAGUGCCGGUGAUAGUGAAAAAUCACACGGAGGGAACCUUAAGGCGGAUCGAAGCAGCCACGUGGACAACCCAGCAAGUUACCCCUCUAAUAAUCUAUGUAACAACCGCAUUGGAUGCUUCCCCCAGUGGCUCAACUCCCUCCCGCUUCCCCACAAGGUAAAGCAAAAUCUAACCGCGUAUGUAGCCCUAUGCAGGCUGCAUAUCCCAACAGGGACAUACCUUGUCUUCAAUUCAGCCCUGUAUGGCUAUUUCAUGACUCUCCCCGUGGAGAAUCUAUUCACCCCAGGGAAUGAACUCAAUUGGCAGUGCAUAUACAAAAUAGGAAGAGACAUCGCCCUCUUUGCCUUUGGAGGUCUCAAUGGCCGUACCGUCGGUUGCAUAAUCAAUGACCUCUUCGACAGAAACUAUGAUCGCCACGUUGAAAGAACAAAAAACAGGCCACUAGCAAAUAACACAGUCAGUACAAGCAGAGCAUUUACCUACCUAGCGGUCCACUCCGCAUUGUCUCUCCUAACCUUGUUUCAGUUUAGUACUCAAACCAUUUACACAGGAUUGCUCUCUACCGCUUUUAUUAUUUCCUAUCCUUUAAUGAAGAGAAUCACUUACUACGCACAGCUCUAUUUAUCACUCACCUUUAACCUUGGCUUUCUAAUUGCUUGCAGUGUAAAUAUAGAGCUAGCUUCCAACCUGCUUCCCCUGUGUGUGAGUUUUCUCCCUUUGUGUUAUUUGACUAUCAUAUAUGACACGAUAUAUGCUCACCAGGAUAAAUUGGACGACAUCAAAUUGAAGUUAAAAUCACUGGCUAUAAAAUGGGGUGAUAACACAUUGAGGUAUUCCAAACUGUUAGCUAUUAAUAUGACGUAUCUGUUUUAUUUGUCUGGGUACCUCUUUGAUAUGCACUAUUCAUACUACCUGCUGUCGACCUGCAAUGUGCUUUACUUGUUGCAUUGCAUUCGUCAGACUUCGCUGGAUGACAGGGAGAAGUGCAUGGCGUUUUUUAAAAACAGCAACAAUAUUUUGAUGCUCCUUGCACUAUCGGCGGUGGUGGCCAAGGGCUGCCAGUCGUACCAGGCGUAUCAAACAUUGGGGAAAACAACCCAGAGAGAUACUCCCACAGGGGAGUAA